AACUCUUAUUCCUUUUGUAAAAUAGUAUUCGUAGAACACGAAGAUAGUGUGCUUUAAAAUACAAAUGAUAUUUCGAGUGUUGUUUGACAAUACAGUGUAAUUAAAAAUUUUAAGUAAUUUUGGAAUUCAUAAUAAUAUGGAGAAUUCAACUAUUCCAAUUAUUAGUGGAUCUUCACUUCAGCUAGUCGACUGGAUUACAGUAGGUAUUACUCUCUUAGCUUCAGCUGCUAUAGGAGUUUAUUAUCGUUUUACAGGAGGACAGCAAAAAACUGCUGAGGAGUAUUUUUCUGCUGACCGAUCAAUAGGAGUAACUUUGCUUUCUUUUACCAUGAUGAUUGCUUAUCUUUCAGCAAUAUCACUACUUGGUAGUAGUGCUGAAAACUAUAGCUAUGGUGCACAAUUUAAUGUAAUAUAUAUUGGUCUAAUAUUAGGAACACCUAUAGUUUCGUAUUUCUAUCUUCCAGUAUUUUAUGAGCUCAGAACUAUGAGUGUUUUCGAGUACCUCGAAAAACGUUUUGGAGUUACUUCAAGGUUAAUAGCUAGUAUCACAAAUUUUAUUCAAAUCAAUUUUUAUACUGGUAUUGUUAUAUAUGCUCCAGCACUUGCCUUAGAAGCUACCACUGGUCUCAACGAAAAUAUGAGCAUAAUUCUUAUUGGAUUAAUUUGCACUUUUUACUCUAGUAUCGGUGGCAUAAAAGCAAUAAUUGUAACUGAUCUUUUACAAGGUGCUUUAAUGUUUAUCUGUGUAUGUUGUGUAAUUAGUGUUGGACUAAGUGAUAUUGAAGGAGGUGUUUGGAGUGUGUUCGAUACGGCUCAUAAAGGUGGGCGAUUGAAUUUUUUCAAUUUCGAUUUUGAUCCUACGAUCCGACACACGUGGUGGACUUUAACUAUUGGAGGAGCCUAUUUUUUUCUUUCUCUUUUUGCUUGUAAUCAAGUUCAGGUUCAGAGAAUGUUAACUGCAAAGACUAUUGGAGAUGCUCGAAAAGCUCUUUGGACGAAUAUACCAAUGACUUUGGCGAUGGCAUUGACUAUUUCUUUUUCAGGCCUUGUGCUAUAUGCUUAUUAUUUUAAUUGUGAUCCAGUGAUUUUAGGCGAUAUUAAGUCUUAUGAUAUGUUGAUGCCAUAUUUUGCAAAAAACCGCAUGACUGAGAUUCCUGCUCUCACAGGAAUUUUUAUUGCAGGGGUUUUUAGUGCAAGUCUUAGUACGGUGUCUGCAAUGCUAAACUCUCUGGCUGCGAUAGCUUUAGCAGACUAUAUAAAGCCACUUUACCAGCGAUUUGGUUAUGAUUUUCGUGAUGACAAGGCUGCAUUUUAUGGAAAAGUUUUAGGAUUUAUCAUCGGAUUUAUUAGUAUUGCUAUAGCUUUUAUAGCUUCACGGUUAGGAGCACUCAUUCAAGCAGUAUUAGCUGUAAAUGGAGCAUUUGGUGGUCCUAUUUUAGGACUUUUUACAUUGGGAAUGUUUAUAGAAUCAGCGAAUGAACCUGGAGCUGUAAUCGGUACUAUCAUUUCUAUCGCAUUUAAUAUAUGGAUCGCUUUUUCACCAAAACCUAGAACGCUUGUCCUAGACAUGUCAAUUGAUGGAUGUUCUAAUUCCUCCCAUAUUGUUCAGAAAUAUAUAAGGUCGUUAUUUAGCUACGGUAAAAACAACAGCCCAGCGACGAAACAUACCCGAGUCGAAAUAUCAGACCCGUUUAAGCUGUAAAAGUUUCCAAAUCCUUUGUAGUUCAAUUCGCCGCCUUAGAAGACGCCUGUUUUGGCAGUAAAAGUCGGAGUGAACUAUGGAUACAGUGAAAACAGGUCCACUGAGUUCCGUUUUCAAUGUAAAUCUUAUCCAAAGAAUAAUAAAUAAUAAUAAUAAUAAUAUUAA